UUAUGAAAUAAAACUUCGCUUACUGUACACUUUCGACCCGCACCUCUGAAAAAUGAAGAAAUAAAUAUAUAAAAUUAAAACCUGUGCCAAUGGAGGAUGUGACGACGUGACGCUAUUUCCGGGUGAGCGUCGCACAUCCGGCUUGUUUGCGUUUUGCUCGAUUGGAAAGGACUUGUGACAUUCUAAACUAUUACACGCUAAUGUAUUUGAAUGGUGCAUGUGCCAAACCUUUUGACUUAUAUAAUUUGUUGUAAUUAAUGGCGUGUUUUUGUCAGCGGACGAGUCUAAUUGCACAAAGCACUGGUGCUAACACUAGCUGUUAGCUGGACAUAUAAACAGUAUUUGCCGAGUUAUUGUCAUGUCGUCUGACGCCGUUAACUGGGUCGAAACCACCCAAGAGGUCGUGAUAAUUGAGGAUUGUUUACCCGCAGAAAGCAUCCACGCGACAGUGAUACCGGUGCUGGAGACAGCAGAAUCGCCCAUCCAGAAGCUGCUGAGAAACGACCCAGAGUCUGGACACGGCUUUUGUUGUGAAGAGUGUGUGGUUCUGUUCCAAGACCAGGCUGUCCCAUCUAAAAUCUCUGGCCCCUCCUUUAUUCUGGACUACCCUACAACCAUCGGCACCCCUCAGAGGUCACUCCUCUCUCUUCCCCAUGGCCUCAUGGUUGGUAGAUCCAGUCUCCCCAAUGCUGGAGUGGGAGUCAUCAACCAUGGUCCAGCCAUUUCUCCGGGGAUGCACUUUGGGCCGCUUGAAGGAGAACAAGCUACAUUAGAGGAAGCGUUGGUCAGCGACUUCUCCUGGGAGAUCUACGGGGGGGAGGAUGAUUAUUCAUACAUUGAUGCAGCUGCGGAACCCCUCUCUAACUGGAUGAGGUAUGUGAACCGAGCUCGCAGCGUGGAUGAGAUGAAUCUGCUGGCUAUCCAGUGCCUAGGUAGCAUCCUCUUCCACUGCUGUCGCACUAUUGAGCCUGGGGACGAGCUGCUGGUUUGGCCAAGCAGCAAACUGGUGGAUCAUUUCAGUGAAUCCUGGUCCCAGAGCUGGAUUAUGAAGCUGAGAGUGGCAGUGAGCCAACCAUCUGCCGAGUCUCAGGUCUUCCAGUGUGCCCACUGUCAACUGUCCUUCACCACAGAAUCCUUCCUCCAAAGACACAAUGUACGCUCUCACACACAGUCUAAAGAAGAAUGCACAACACCAAACUUCGAAACUGCUAAACAAACAAAUUCUACACCUGCCGUGGAUGACCGUCCAGCUCCUCUUUUUGAGUUGUCUGUGGAUUCUGCCCAGUCCAAAACAUGCUCAGAUUGUGGGAAGGUGUUUAAACAAAUCCCUCACCUGAACCGGCACAAGCAGUGUGUUCACUCAAACAAUCGGCCCUACUGCUGCCCGCAUUGUCGACGUAGUUUCAGUCAGGCGUCAGGUCUGAUCCGACAUCAGCAAAUUCAUAAAAGGAAAGCAUUAAACAGUGAGACUGGAAAGGAGAAGGAAAGCUCAAUAUCAAGUGCAGAACUUGUUACGGAAGACUCAACAGUACCAACCGAGAAUGUUAUUGAGAGUCAAGAAGCAGUUGAGGCUCAAGCGCAGCCUGAUGAAAUGUCCAUAGAAUGUUCAGAAUGUGGGAAGAGCUUUACAAAUGAGUCCUCACUUAGGAAGCAUAGGAAAACAAUACAUGGGGGUCUUCGUCCGUAUGUAUGUACCAAGUGCCACAAGUGUUUCUCUCAGUACAAUGACCUGAGCCGCCACUUCCAGCAUCACCAGAAAGAACAUUUGUCCCCGGAUGAUCCCGAUCUUGCACCUGCACAGUCCGCUCACCAGCAUGUAAAUCUCCUACCUGAAAGUCCAACAGAUGAUCCAGGUGAAUAUCAGGCAGGUGACAAGAAUGAUCCUGACUUCCAUCCAGAGUCAUCUAAGACAGAAGCAGUCGAGGAACUUCCGUCACAGAGACCACGACGUCACAGUGCCAUGUUGAGAGUUUCAGCCAUCACAAAGCUUAUUGCUUCAAAAGAAAAAGAGAACCCUGGCGAAAAUGGCCGUCACCUGCAGCCUGAAACCGAGGAUGUCAGUCUAGUCAAGGGUAACUCCUCUGUUAAAGAAAAUAGCUGUCAGUACUGCAAACAGUCGUUUGGGAACUCUGACGCUCUCAAAGCUCAUACCUGCGAUCAAAGGCAACACAAAUGUGAGCUGUGUGGAGCGACGUUUGCCAAGUCUGGCUUCCUGAGGAGGCAUGAACAGAAGAUGCACAGAAGUACCAAGUCCUACAGGUGUGAGUUUUGUGGCAAACUCUUCUCGUCAUCUGGAAACUUGAAGCACCAUCAGAAGAUGAACAAGUGCAAAAAACAUUACUGUUUCACUGAGCUUUUCUCCUGCUCCUUCUGUCAAUUCUCCUUCACAAUGAAGAGCUAUCUUGAUAAGCACAUCAGGAGGCACCAUGCGGAGCAGUUUCUGUCACAAGUGGAAACUGACUGUCCGGUGGAGGAAGAGGAAGUUGGGUUUGCGUGUUCCACUUGUGGAAAGAAGUGCGCAACAGCUGAAGAGGUCAAGUCCCACUCCUGUGUCCCGCACGUGAAGCUCUUGUUUUUGUGUACAGACUGUGGGAAGAGCUUCACAAACCACUACAGCCUGAAGCAGCACCAUCGUGUCCACACAGGUGAGAAGCCCCACAGUUGUCCUCAUUGCAGCAAGACCUUCUCACUUGUGGGCCAGCUGAGAGUUCACCUCCGAACACACACUGGUGAAAAGCCCUACCUCUGCACACAUUGUGGAGAGAGCUUCCGCCAGUCGGGGGAUCUGAAACGUCACGAGAGAAAACAUACUGGAGUACGACCGUACAGCUGCCCGGAGUGUUGCAAAAGCUUCAGUCGCCAUCAAAGUCUCAAGGCUCACCAGAUGCUUCACACGGGACAGAGAAUGUUCAAAUGCACUUUGUGUGGGAAGAGUUUUUCUCGAAACUAUCAUCUCAGAAGACACCAUCAGAAGACGCACUCGUGAUACCUAUGAGCCGACUGGCUCAGGCGCUGUAUCCAAGUCAACUGUUGGGAAGUUGCUCUCAGCCAACGUAAUGUUUCAAUUAAGUUUUGGACCAAAAUGUGUUGGAUUUGGGAGUUUGCACGACUUGGAAUAAUGUUUAAAUGAGUUGGAAUAAAUGUGUACAUUUAAAUAUGUUUGAGUUUUCCUCCACUCUACCUGCCUCAUGGUUUACGAGCAGUUUAACCAAGAUGUGAAACCAGAACAGACACACUUCAAAAAGGGGACGCAAAGGCAAUACACAAAACCUGCAAUACACCAAAAACUGCCUUGCUGCCCCAUGGAGAGAACACCUUUGAGCAUGACAUCUGAAGAUAAGGGCUGUGUCACUAGACCAGACCUGGGCACAGUGCGGCCAUAUGUGGCCUGAUGCCUGUAUUUUUGUGGCCCUUUUAUCGUCAGACUUACUAUACUAUAACUGAUACAUUCAAAUUUUUCUGGCUUUUUUUUUCUUUUUUAGUCACCACCACCACCACUUCAGCAUUAAAUAUAACAUGCUCUUGUUUCAAGACUUUUUUUUUUUUUUCAUCUGCCAUUUUUGUGUGUUUUUCUUGCUUCUCAGAAUACAUUGAAGGAAUACUGAAA